UCAAACACUCCCCUCCACUUCCAUCCAUUGCUCCCCCAAUUCCCAAAUUUAUUAGGUCAAAAAAAAUUAAUUAAAUUAAAAAAUGGUAGCAAACUCCGAUCAAAACAACCUAGACGGAGGAUCCGACGAACAACAACGCCGAUCCGAAAUCUACACUUACGAAGCCCCAUGGCACGUUUACGCCAUGAACUGGAGUGUUCGCCGUGAUAAAAAAUAUCGUCUCGCUAUCGCUAGCCUUCUCGAACAGUACCCUAACCGGGUCGAAAUUGUCCAGCUUGACGACUUAAAUGGUAAUAUCCGAUCCGACCCGACUUUAUCCUUCGAACACCCUUACCCACCCACUAAGCUCAUUUUCAUACCCGAUAAAGAAUGCCAAAAGCCUGACCUUUUAGCUACCUCAUCCGAUUUCCUCCGCAUUUGGCGGAUUAAUGACGACAAUGACGUCACCGAUGAUGGUGUGACUGAUAGUAAUGGUAAUUCUAGGAAAGUUGAGAUGAAGAGUUUGUUGAAUAAUAACCGAAACAGCGAGUUUUGUGGACCGAUUACUUCCUUCGAUUGGAACGAAGCCGAACCGAAACGAAUCGGGACGUCGAGUAUCGAUACGACAUGUACGAUUUGGGAUAUCGAAAGGGAGACGGUUGAUACGCAGCUAAUUGCACAUGAUAAGGAGGUUUAUGACAUUGCAUGGGGUGGUGUAGGAGUGUUUGCUAGUGUUUCAGCUGAUGGAUCAGUGAGAGUUUUCGAUUUACGAGAUAAAGAGCAUUCGACGAUUAUUUACGAGAGUUCUGAACCCGAUACGCCUUUAGUUAGGUUAGGAUGGAAUAAGCAGGAUCCGAGGUAUAUGGCAACAAUUAUAAUGGAUACUGCGAAAGUGGUCGUGCUUGAUAUUCGUUUUCCCACAUUGCCUGUUGUGGAACUGCAGAGGCAUCAAGCGAGUGUGAAUGCGAUAGCGUGGGCUCCGCAUAGUUCGUGUCAUAUUUGUACUGCUGGUGAUGAUUCGCAGGCGUUGAUUUGGGAUUUGUCGUCCAUGGGACAGCCGGUUGAAGGUGGGUUGGAUCCGAUAUUGGCUUAUACUGCUGGUGCUGAGAUUGAGCAGUUGCAGUGGUCUUCGUCUCAGCCUGAUUGGGUUGCUAUUGCUUUUGCGUCUAAGCUUCAAAUUCUGAGGGUAUGAUAUAUAUUGUAGUGUAUCGUAUCAUGUAUUAGGCUCGGGUUUCUGUGUUGUUCGGCUGCAGUUGUUUUUUCUUAGAUUGACUUCUAGUUUAUUUAGAAUUUUGGGAGUUGGAAUACAUUGACCCAUUUGCAUUUUUCCAAUUAAAUGUUUUGUUGUUUC